CAAGUGAAUUGACGUACGGGCUGCCUGCCUUCUCUCUCCUGCCGGAUUUCUCGUACCACUACAGUACUUGCCGGCCGCGAAGGAGGAAUCGCGCGUCUGGCAGCUCGGAAUUUCGUCCGCCAGGGGUGCAACAGAUCGAAGUAUGCGCGUGAUCGGCCGUUUGCGGAUGUUUUGCCUGAGCUUGGUGGGACUAUCAUCGGUCAGCGGUAAUGACGGUGCAUCGAGUCGCCGGAUUCGUAGAGCCGAGGAAUCCUAUCCGAGUAUCGAGUUCGACGUGUUGCCACAGUGCUACUCUACCCCGGCAGCCAACCCUUCCAACGGCUCAUGGCGCCGUUGCGAAAACGGGGUGAACGAGUCCCCGACCAACCCGGACGACAUGAUGAACCCCAACCCCAAGACAAUCUGCUAUCAGAAGUGGGCGGAGCACCACGGCAGCGAGGAGCCUAUGCCGUACUACACUUGGGACGCGGCGGAGUGCUCACUUGAGGACGUUAACGAGGAGAAGUUCUGCCGCGCUAUGGAGGGGCGGAAAGGCAUCCUGCUCGUGGGGGACAGCAUCACCGACCUGAUGGUGAGAACGCUGGUUUCGGUCUUGCGUGCGACGCCAGAACAGGUCCACUCCAAGUACCACCUCAAUCACGCCCUCAAGUGGGGGGCAUGCAACGGGGAGGUCAAAAUUGCGUUUUAUCGAAACGACUUCCUUGACACCACCACGAGGCGGAGUGCGUUUUGGGACGGGUUCUGUGACUCAAGAAACCCUAAACGGAACGCGCAGUGCGAAGUGUUCGCGGACGACGACACCCUUAAGGAGUACGACACGCUGAUAAUCAACAGCGGGGCACACCCUAGAUCCUUGGACGAGUACCGAGAGGCGAUGGAGACCGCAAGCAAAAAGAUGACGGCGUCCAUGAAACGUCUCCACGGAGAUGAUGCUCUUCUCAUCGUGAGAAACACCCCACCAGGGCACGGCGUAACAUGCACCGAAAGGACGUUUGACGGGCCCGUUGAUGUUGAUACCGCCCUCGACUUGGUCGCGAGCGGACCUCACCAGUACCAGUGGGGCCGCUUCCCGAAAUACAAUGCCAUUCUCGAAGAGGCCUUUCUGAGCAACGCUACGGAUGGAUGGAAGGAACUGGACGCCUACACCCCGACCUUGCUUCGUCCCGACUUCCAUUUGGGGGGAGACGAGAACCCGGACUGCCUACACUACUGUAUUCCAGGGCCAAUAGAUCACUGGGUUCGACUGCUGUACAAUAUGUUGUUGGCCAAAGGGUAUCAAUAGAGUAGGUUGGUUGCGCGACAAUAUCCGCGUUUGUUUUGCACGGGAUAAACUGCCGUAGGAUAUGCCUGCAAAUGACGAAUCUUUGCCUCAACUGAUUUGAUCACGUGCGUAUGUAGGGUUAGCUUGUGGAUGAUCAUUUAGCAGCCGUGGCGCGCGGGGCUGAAGCCUUGAGAUGCUCGCUGAGAAGUGAAGCAACCUCCAACCCUUGGAGGUUGAACAAUUGGAUAUCGGUGGACAAAGCUCGGUCAAGAUGUGUCGAG